AAAAAGCAUGCUCCUCUACAGCUCCACCUCUUCCAGCACAACCCGACUCACAACAGCAGCUUCAUUGUGCCCUCGGUUGCUCGUUCGAUGCUGCCAGCUGUAACUCGGAGCCUGUCGUGAAGUUAUCACAUAACAAUUUGUAACUUCACUCCUGCAGCACUCGCCGCCAUGAUCGCCUCAAGAGCAUUUGCUGCCCCGGCACGCCAAUGCUUGCGAAAAGCCUAUCAACAGCCCAAAUGGGCUGCUGCAUCCUUCCAGGCACAGCCUAAGCGUUUCAUCACCACGAAGGAGCAGGACAAGGUCGCCAAGUUCAAGGGUACCAAGGGACCGGAUGGAAAUUACACAGUCACAUUGAUAGAAGGAGACGGUAUCGGUCCUGAGAUUUCGCAGUCGGUCAAGGACAUCUACAAGGCCGCAAAGGUACCAAUCGUGUGGGAGUCCGUGGACGUCACCCCUCGCCUGGUAGACGGCAGAACAACGAUCCCUGAAGAGUCCAUCAAGUCGGUGGAAAAGAACUAUGUUGCUUUGAAGGGGCCUCUGGCGACGCCUGUCGGCAAGGGACACGUCUCCCUCAACCUCACUCUCCGCCGAACCUUUAACCUCUUUGCCAACGUCCGUCCGUGCCGAAGCAUCCAGGGCUACAAGACCGCCUACGACAACGUGGACACAGUGUUGAUUCGAGAAAACACCGAAGGAGAAUACUCUGGCAUUGAGCACGUCGUUGUAGACGGCGUCGUGCAGUCCAUUAAGCUCAUCACCCGCCAGGCGUCAGAAAGAGUCUUGAGGUACGCGUUCCAGUAUGCCCGGGACGUCAACAAGAAGAAGGUCCGCGUGGUCCACAAGGCCACCAUCAUGAAGAUGUCCGACGGUCUCUUCCUCAGCACCGCAAGAGACGUGGCCAAAGAUUUCCCCGACAUCGAAUUCGACGCUGAGCUCCUCGACAAUGCCUGUCUGAAGAUCACCACCGACCCCGGCCCGUACUCCGACAAGGUCCUCGUCAUGCCCAACUUGUACGGUGACAUCUUGUCCGACAUGUGCGCCGGCUUGAUCGGCGGCCUCGGUCUCACUCCUUCCGGAAACAUCGGUGACGAAUGCUCCAUCUUCGAGGCCGUCCACGGUUCAGCUCCGGACAUCGCAGGUAAGGCCCUCGCCAACCCGACCGCCCUGCUUCUCAGCAGUAUCAUGAUGUUACGGCACAUGGGAUUGAACGAACACGCCACCAAGAUCGAGACUGCCAUCUUCGACACCCUGGCCGAGGGCAAAACCCUGACCGGUGAUUUGGGCGGUAAGGCAAAGACACACGAAUAUGCACAGGCCAUCAUCAGCCACCUCAAAUAAGCGAAGCAACGACCGAGCUCAAGAAUGCUAAAAAAGCAAACUGAAGCAAACUCUUUUUUUGGAACAAUUGGUGCCGCUGGCUCCCACUUUUGGUGUACAGCGGAAGAGUUAUCGGGAAUGAGCCAUAAUCUACCUGUCCAGCCUCAACAGAGGGAGAAAGUUAUUGUAUGCGCGUGGAGAUGAGGGAGGAAUGUAUUAUUUAUCAUGCUAGAGCGAGUACUGCAAAUAUAAAUUCAUGUCAAAAACUGUA